AUGGCGGGCCACAGGAGGCUGUUCCAGCCGGGGAUGCUGGCCCCGGUGCCACAGGGCACGAACUGCGGGCCCUGGUACGAAGAGAAUCUGCCCUCCAAGUGUUUGACCAAGCACAAGGACCGGCUGAAGUCCCCCACCUCCCUGAAUGGCCGGCGCUGGGUAUUUGUGAGAAAGGGGCUGGAUGACUUCAGGAAAGGCUGCCCCCUGCCCUGCAAAGGCCUCAUCACUCGGGGCCCUGAGGAGGGCUUUCUGCCCCGGAUUUAUCACAGAGCCCCGCGACCUGCCCCAAAGAAGAGGCAGAACAAGUUGCCCAAGGAAGCAGCCCUGUCGUCCAAGCUCUCGUCAGCCCAGCGGGCCCGGGAGGCGUUCCUCCAGGAGGUGGCAGCCUGCCUGACCCCGCACCCCUUGGCUCUCUACCCGAAUCUGCAAGAAGCUAUGCCUGAAGAGCUCCUAUUAAAGGUGCUGGAAGAACUUGAUCCUGACAGGAAGCUGGAGGACAUGUGGGCUUAUUGUCAGGACACCAGGAAAAGAAUGAAGGAGCAAACAAAGCUUUUAAAGAAACGUUCUACCCAAGUCUACUUGGGACCAUGAGUAUUUCCCAAGAAGACUCCUGUGUCACAUUCAGGCCAAUGGCUUUAUAAAGAGCUGCCAAUUAAAAUGGAUUUGCUCCAUGAAGAGUGUCCUCUUCUUCAUGAAAAUAUACGCAAAGGUGUUAGUGACUUCUGCAACUGGGUUACUUCUGUGGGAAGCUCGAACAUUGAUGAAGACUUCAUCCUGAAGCAGUUUGACAUUGACUAUCAGAGCAAACCAAGGCAUGACAUGCUCCACACCGUGAGGCUAAACCAGGUUCCUCUGGAGCUAAAGUGUGGCAGGGGGCUACAUAAACCCCAGGAGCCAGAAUUCUUCCAGAAACUAGACUACAAGAGGAAACUCCAGAAACCACAGAAUCCUCAUAAGCCAAAGUGGGUGAAGAUGCGGUAUGGAGCAUGGUAUCUGAACACCAGGCUGUGGAAAAAGCAAAGAGCAGAUGAACCUUUGGUUGACCCCAAGGUCUCACAUAAAGCUCAAGAUGAGAAUUUUAAGAAGGAUCUGCAGAAACAGGAGGAGUUACUUGCAGACCUUCAUGGGACAGUUGCCUUUAAGGAUUUCAUUGUAAGCAGGGGCUACAGGAUGCCAAGUUUCCUCGAGAAGAUGUAUGUUGGGAAGGAAUAUAAAAAGACUCCUAUAAAACUAACUCAAGCAUAGAAGAAUCUUGGGAAGAUGAUUGGGUAAAUUUUAAUGGCCACUUACUUGACUACUUCUCUCUCUCAUUUUAAACAUUAAACAGAAUUUAUAAUGUUUAUAAUUUAUAAUCCCACUGUUGAUGUACAACUUCAAUUCGGGAACAUCCGUAAAUGUCAUACCUAAUACUUAUAAACAUUUUUAAUGGCCUUCUGCUUCAUUUAAUCAAUAUUUUAUGUAUUACCACUAUGAGAUGAAUAUUCAUAUAUAGUCUCACAUUUCUGUAGUAUUGUUAAUAUUACAUUGGUAUAUCAGUUAUUUGUAAAAAGGAAUAAAACCAUAAGUAAAAGCAGAA